AUGCGGCCGCAGGCGGUGCUGACGGUGCUGCUGGUCAUGCUCGAGACGUUCACGUCUUCUGAAUAUUCUGAAGCUUCGGGAGGGAGCUCUGAGAUGACUACCCCGACCAAGGCUGAAGUAGUUGGAAUGACGACAGAGAUUAGAAGACAUCGAGAAGAGCCGCAGGGGCCUGGAAGAACCGAAGAAGCAUUGCUGACGUCUUCUGAAUAUUCUGAAGUUUUGGGAGGGAGCUCUGAAAUGUCCCCGACGUCCUCUGUUAAGGCUGAAGUAAAUGGAGUGACGUCAGAGGUUGGAAGACGUCGAGAAGAGCCGCAGAAGCCUGGAAGAUCCAAAGAAGCAUCGCUAACGUCUUCUGAACAUUCUGAAGCUGUCGGAUUGCCGUCUGAGGCUUGGAGACGUCAGGAAGACCUAGAAAGGUCGAUAGAACCUUCUGAAGCUUCUGGAUCUGAAAAAGAGAAUCUGAGCUCUGAACCGACCGUAUCUGCAGCCCGGAGAAGUCCUGAAACCCCUGCAACCUUCUGGAGACGUCGACAGGAACCUCAGAAGUCGAGUCUAGAAUCAGAUUCUUCACCAGUGACGUCAUCAACUUUCCAAACACCGUCUUCUGAAUCUUCUACGAAGUCAACUCUUCCUAGAACUUCCCACCAAAGAAUGAAAAGAUCAUCGAACCUUCAACGCCCACGUCGCCACCGUCUACGACUCCAGAAAGACCUCCGAAGACGUCGACGUGACUACGAUCCUGCCGAUGACGACGACGACGACUAUGACGAAGACAUGGCCGCUUUGGCCCGUGGCGACGACGACGAGGAGCUGGAGGAGGAGGAGAAGCAGCUGACCUGGAUGAAUCCUGAACAUCCGGAACGACGUCCAGGACGUUUCAUCGGCGAGGAGCAGACCGAGUUCGUCAGGACCGAGUAUACCGAUGCGGCCUACAAGAAGCUGAGGACGUAUAGUGAGUUCUUUCAUUAUGAUUUUGUCAUAGAGCAGGGGGGAAAAGCUCUAGAUGUGACUCUGAGGGUUGAGGGUUCGAUUCCGCUCGGUGGAGAACUUUUUUGCCGUUCUUUUUUUUGA